CGCGGAGCCCUGUAGCGUGUUCUCGGGAGGGACCGGGACUCGGGAUGGUUCUCCUGUCACUGCUGUUCGUAGCAGCCUCUCUGGGAGAGGUGAGGACUUCAGCUGAUGAGCAAGCUGGUAAAGAAGAAACGAUCCAAAUAGAUUUACCAAAAAUCAGACCGAGGCUGUAUGGGCUAGUGACUCCGAUCAGCACCAGUGCGGAUGGAAGCUUUAUCUCUAAUAUUCUUUCCUCAAACCAUCAAAGAAGAUUAACAAGGGAUGUAUCCCAAAGCCCCAAACAACUGUAUUUUAACAUCACAGCUUUUGGAAGGGAAUUCCAUCUCAGGCUGAGGCCUAACACCCAUCUGGUGGCUCCAGAGGCUGUAGUGGAAUGGUAUGAAGACUCUGUGGAAAGUGGAAAUGGAACUGAGGCUGGUAACAAAGGUCAGACUAGAAGCGCAAAAGAGCGGAUAUGGAAAAAAGAGCCUCUGUGGACCAAUUGUGCGUAUGUUGGCGACAUCACUGAUAUCCCGGGAGCAUCUGUUGCUAUUAGCAACUGCGAUGGUCUGGCUGGAAUGAUAAGAACUGAUAAGGAUGAAUAUUUCAUUGAACCUUUGGAAAGAGGCAAACAAAUGGAAGAAGAGAGAGGAAGAAUUCACAUGGUCUACAGGAGAUCAGCUGUAACACAAGAUCCCGGCGACAUGCUCCUAGACUUCCAUACGGAAGCGUCUCUUCUCAGCGGAUUGGAUGGUCUGGAUUCCAUGUACAGCAACAUAGAGCAGCAGCUAAAUGAAACGCUGAGACGACGCAGGCAUGCGGGAGACAAUGACUACAACAUUGAAGUGCUUCUAGGAGUGGAUGAUUCUGUAGUCCGAUUCCACGGCAAAGAACAUGUUCAAAACUACCUCCUCACCCUUAUGAACAUAGUGAACGAAAUUUACCACGAUGAAUCCCUUGGUGUCCACAUAAAUGUGGUGCUGGUGCGAAUGAUAAUGCUGGGAUAUGCAAAGUCCGUCAGCUUGAUUGAAAGGGGAAACCCCUCAAGAAGCCUGGAGAAUGUUUGCCGCUGGGCCUACCAGCAACAGAAGUCGGAUCCCAAUCAUUCUGAGCACCAUGAUCAUGCCAUUUUUUUAACCAGGCAAGAUUUUGGGCCUGCUGGUAUGCAAGGAUAUGCUCCCGUCACUGGCAUGUGUCACCCUGUACGAAGCUGCACUCUCAACCAUGAGGAUGGGUUUUCUUCAGCUUUUGUAGUUGCCCAUGAAACUGGUCAUGUGCUGGGAAUGGAACAUGACGGGCAAGGGAACAGAUGUGGAGAUGAGACAGCUAUGGGGAGUGUCAUGGCUCCUUUGGUGCAGGCUGCAUUUCAUCGUUACCAUUGGUCCCGGUGCAGUGGCCAAGAACUCAAAAGAUACAUACACUCCUAUGACUGUCUCCUUGAUGACCCCUUUGAACACGAUUGGCCCAAACUUCCUGAACUGCCAGGAAUCAAUUAUUCCAUGGAUGAACAAUGCCGCUUUGAUUUUGGUGUUGGUUACAAAAUGUGCACAGCGUUUCGAACCUUUGACCCAUGUAAGCAGCUGUGGUGUAGCCAUCCAGAUAAUCCAUACUUCUGUAAAACUAAGAAAGGGCCUCCACUCGAUGGCACAGAAUGUGCCCCAGGGAAAUGGUGCUAUAAAGGUCACUGUAUGUGGAAGAACGCUAACCAGCUGAAACAGGAUGGCAACUGGGGAUCCUGGACAAAGUUUGGCUCCUGCUCACGGACCUGUGGUACUGGCGUUCGCUUCAGAACACGCCAGUGCAACAAUCCAAUGCCAGUCAAUGGUGGUCAAGAUUGCACCAGUGUCAAUUUUGAGUAUCAACUCUGCAAUACAGAAGAAUGUCCAAAGCACUUUGAGGACUUCCGAGCACAGCAGUGUCAGCAGCGUAAUUCCCAUUUCGAAUAUCAGAAGAGCAAACAUCACUGGCUGCCAUAUGAGCACCCUGAUGCUAACAGAAGAUGCCACUUAUACUGCCAGUCCAAAGAAAUUGGAGAUAUUGCUUAUAUGAAACAACUGGCACAUGAUGGGACUCGCUGUUCUUAUAAAGAUCCAUACAGCAUUUGUGUGCGUGGAGAGUGUGUGAAAGUGGGCUGUGACAAGGAAAUUGGUUCCAACAAAGUUGAAGAUAAAUGUGGGGUCUGCGGUGGAGAUAACUCUCAUUGCCGAACGGUUAAAGGGACCUUUACCCGAACUCCCAAAAAGCCCGGGUACCUUAAGAUGUUUGAUAUUCCCCCGGGUGCUAGACAUGUGUUUAUCCAAGAAGACGAGGCUUCUCCUCACAUUCUUGCCAUUAAGAACCAGGCUACUGGACACUAUAUUCUGAACGGGAAAGGGGAGGAGGCCAAGUCACGAUCCUUCAUUGAUCUUGGUGUGGAGUGGGAAUACAACACAGAAGAUGACAUAGAAACUCUUCAUACUGAUGGGCCUUUGCAUGAUGCUGUUGUUGUAUUGGUCAUUCCUCAAGAGAACGACACAAGAUCUAGCCUGACUUACAAAUACAUCAUUCAUGAGGAUUCAGUACCCACGAUCAACAGUAAUAAUGUUCUUCAGGAUGAAAUAGAUACUUUUGAGUGGGCUUUGAAGAGCUGGUCCCAGUGCUCCAAACCUUGUGCUGGAGGUUUCCAGUACACGAAAUAUGGGUGCCGCAGGAAAAGUGAUAACAAAAUGGUUCACCGCAGCUUCUGUGAAGCCAGCAAAAAACCAAAGCCUAUUCGUAGAAUGUGCAAUCUGCAGGAAUGCACACAGCCACUUUGGAUAGCAGAUGAAUGGGAAUACUGCACAAAAACCUGUGGGCAUUCUGGUUACCAGAUCCGUACUGUGCGCUGCAUUCAACCUCUUCACGACGGUGCAAACCGCUCUGUCAAUAUCAAGUACUGUAGUGGGGAUCGCCCUGAGAGCCGCAGGCCCUGUAACAGAACGCCAUGCCCUGCACAGUGGAAAGCUGGACCCUGGGCUGAGUGUUCUGUGACCUGUGGGGAAGGAACUGAGUCCAGGCAGGUCACAUGCCGUGCCGGUGACCAGUGUGAUGGAGAAAAACCUGAGUCAGUGAGGGUUUGUAAGCUUGCUCCCUGUAAUGACGAGCCCUGCCUGGGAGACAAGUCAAUAUUCUGUCAAAUGGAAGUGCUCGCACGCUAUUGCUCCAUCCCUGGCUAUAACAAGCUGUGCUGUGAGUCUUGUAGCAAGCGCAGCAGCACCCUCCCGCCACCUUACCUUACUGAAGCUGCUGAAACCAAAGAGGAAGUGAUGUUCCAUCCUAGUGACCUACCUAGGGCCUUGGCGAUGCCGACAUCUUUAGUACCUCAGCACGCAGAGGUCGCUGAUGAGAACAGAAGUUCUGUAGGCAGGAUGCCUAUGGAAGAUGACAUAGAUGUACUUGUUUCUACAUCAAAUAGUAAGUCCAAAGGUGCUGAGUUACCCCAGAGGAGAGCUUACCAAGCAGGAAGUCAGACUUCUAGGCUGAUUGCAAUGCCAUAUCAGUCAUCUACCAAGAUUGGCAAUCUGUCCCCAUAAUGCAUCAGCCUUGGCAGACAUUGUUCCCAUGGAUAGCAGUUAACAACACUUCUGCAGGUGCUCUUUCUCCAGCUAGAACCUCAAGGAAAAAUGAGAAGCAUGUUGAAAAGAGACAUGCUUUGAGAUCAUCCACGGUGGAAAGAUAAAAGUGAAUGCAAAAAGAAGGAUAGUAACAGAAAUCUUUUGUUCAGGACACCAUGGUGCAUGCUGCUUUCCAGAAGCAGAACUCUCUACAGAUCAUUUUAGUUGUAAAUAAAAAACAAAGUGCUGGUUCACUUUCUAGUUGCUGCCAUCCUCCUACACUUCAUUAUGUGGUUAGCUUGAAUGCAAGGGAGGAGGAAAGCACCAAAGAAUAUUCACAUCAGUGAAAGAAAGUUGCUGAGUGUAGUGGUCAUUCUCUAGUAUAGAAAAAGUGGCCAGAGCCUAUUUUGCACAUCAGCUAAUCGUUUGUUUUUAUUUUUAAAAGAUCACAUGUAGGGGGUGGGGGAAAACACCACCACCACCAGAAGCGGUACCAAAAGUUUACACUUUCACAAAAUAUUUUUGCGUGGAACAACAGAAUCCAUAAGACUUAUAUUGCUAAUUUAUCUAUAUAAACAAAUAUUGUAU